AGCACAGCUGUGCUGCCUCGCGUCUCUGUUCACUUAGCGUGUGUUUCUUGUCUAGUUUUUCCCUUACGUCUCAAAAAAAUUACCUUUUGAAACUCUUUUUCAACGUUUACUUCCGAGCAACUCUUUGAAGACCCUCUUACGGUGGGGUUGUAACUGCCCUUGCAAGAUUCUAUGGAUGCUAGCAAUGCGGGAGCCGAUUGGUUAUGGACCGCCAGCCGAGGUCUCUGCUGCCGACGACGAACAGGCUCGAAAUUCUUCAGGGAAAAAGAAAAGCACAUCAAAAGAAGUUUUGAUUCAUGAACCAGCAGUUCUCAUCGAGGGUGUGUUGUUUAGAGCCAGGUAUCUGGGCUCAACUCAGUUGGUUUGUGAGGGUCAGCCUACAAAAGCAACUCGCAUGAUGCAAGCUGAAGAAGCUGUGUCAAGGAUCAAGUCAUUGCAUAAUCCUGCAAGAAUGCAACUUGCUGGUAAAAAUGAUGUAACGGCCACAAAAGGAGAUCCUGAUGAACCAUUUUCUGGAACUGAUACAUACACCUCUUCAAAUGACGUUGAUGAUCGUGUAGAACAGAUGAAAAUAUCUUUGUGUCCCCAUGCUGCACCAGAGGGUGAAACACAGCCAAGUACUGAAGUUGAUCUUUUUAUUUCAACUGAAAAAAUCAUGGUUCUCAAUACAGAUUUGAAAGAAAUUAUGAUGGAUCAUGCUUUGAGAGCCAUUUCCUAUAUUGCGGAUAUUGGUGAUUUAGUGGUUUUAAUGGCACGUAGACGUGUAAUGAACAGUCCGGAUGAUCCAAAUGAGCCUAAAAUAAAACGCACACCAAAGAUGAUUUGUCAUGUUUUUGAGUCUGAAGAAGCUCAAUUUAUUGCUCAGUCUAUUGGACAAGCUUUUCAAGUGGCUUAUAUGGAAUUCCUGAAAGCCAAUGGGAUUGAAGACAGUAGUUUUGUAAAAGAAAUGGAUUACCAAGAAGUUCUUAACUCUCAAGAAAUAUUUGGAAAUGAACUUGAAAUGUUUGCCAAAAAAGAAAAACAGAAAGAAGUUGUUGUUCCUAAACAAAAAGGUGAAAUUCUUGGCAUGGUUAUUGUAGAGUCUGGUUGGGGUUCCAUGUUACCUACAGUAGUCAUAGCCAAUAUGGCUCAAAAUGGACCUGCAGCCAGAUGUGGGCAACUUAAUAUUGGGGAUCAAAUUAUUGCCAUAAAUGGAAUAAGUCUAGUCGGUUUGCCUUUAUCAACUUGUCAAAACUAUAUAAAGAACACAAAAAAUCAAACAGUUGUGAAGUUAACAGUUGUACCUUGUGCACCUGUCGUUGAAGUGAAAAUUAAAAGGCCUGACACAAAAUAUCAAUUGGGUUUUAGUGUACAAAAUGGUGUUAUUUGUAGUUUAUUACGAGGUGGUAUAGCAGAAAGAGGAGGAGUUCGUGUUGGUCAUAGAAUUAUUGAAAUAAAUGGACAGAGUGUUGUUGCGGUACCACAUGAAAAAAUUGUGAAUCUGUUGGCAACAUCUGUUGGAGAAAUUCAUAUGAAAACGAUGCCUACAUCUAUGUUCAGAUUGUUAACAGGUCAAGAAUCUCCUCUAUAUAUCUGAGAAAGAUUAUUGCAUCUCUCUUUUUGAAAGGAAGAUGUUUAUGGUGCCUCCAUUUUCUUGGCGGCAGCCAACAUCAGUGGCAGCCACCGUCAAAUCGUUCACUUCUCUACAGCAGUGAUAUAUGUAGUCGUAGAUGUGCAAACAAACAGGGAAAGCAGCAACAAAACUGUAUUCAAAAUCAUUUAGCCAUAUCAGGGUCUGUACAUGUGUGUUUGUUAGUAUAAGGCGACACAAGUCAGAUAUUGUUCCAAUGGAUGAAGAAGUCAGUGUGUAUUUGUAUUCCCUGGUUGCUUUAUGCUGUGUCUGUCGUUAAUGUAUAAAAACUCAUUUUCUGCACUUUCUCUUCCAAGAUAUGAUGACAUGCUCUCAUGAUGACACAUUGGGCCAAUUGCCGCUUGUGUGUUUCACUUCACUAGUCACAAAACAAUUUAAGAAAUUUUUGUUUCCAAUUUGUUCCCCUCUGGUGAUCUGAUAAGAUGACUUGCAAGGCUUGGGAUGCCUGUAUUUUUAUUAUAUAGUUAGUGCUCGAUGUGACAAAUCUUAUUCCGAGCUCUCUUGUAUCUUACAAUUCAUUUGGAAGGUUCAUCUCUACUUUUGUUCAUUUACUCAGAACCAUGCCGUGUAUGCUUCUGAAGAAUUACUUAGUGCCUGAAACAAAAGAUAAUACUGAAUACUGAAAGAUUGCUUUCACUAUGAACUGAGAAGAAAUCUGAUUUUCAAGCAAAAUACUAAUUGUAAUGUCAUCAUUACUAUGUAAUAACUUCAUGCUACUCACCAAUAUCUUAAUUGCAUUUGUUUUGAGUUGCUUUUUAAGCCUAUAUCAAUUUGUGGUAAAAUUACUCAUUUUUGUUUAAAUUUUUAUUUUUGAUAAUUUUUUACAGUAAUUUCAUGAUGUAUUAAAUAACUAUAAGGUUCUGAUUUACUAAAUUUUUAUGUUAAUGUAUGCUUUCAUCAUUGAAUAUUUAAAAUUAAGAUUCCAUAAAUUGAGCUAAUUGCCAUUUCUGAAAGUUAGUCAAGUUUUAAAAUUUAAACAAUUCCUGUAAACUGGUUCUUAAUAUGAAUCAAUAUAAUUAUGAACUAUUUUAAACUUUAAUCAUAUCUCCUAAAACAUCUGUCAGUAUUUAUUUUUUAACUGUGAAUAGAAGAUGUAUAAGUAAUUAUUUUCAUAGGUUGUUAAUAUCAUAAUUGCUAAAAACAUAGGAAAAAUUCACUGCUUCUAAUAAAUGUAUUAUUCUAUGAAUUCAGAAUGCUGUAGAGUUAAAAUCCAGAUUGAAAUCAAAUUGUUGUUAUUUAAAGGAUAAAACUAUUUUCAGGAACUGAAUUUGCUCAAAUCUAAUUCUUAUAUGCUUAAAAUUUAGAGAGGAAAAUUUUGUAUUUAGAAAUAUUCUAAGUUUUUCAUAUAGUGCUUAGUUAAUGAAACUACAUUUUAGAUAUUCUUUCAUUAAAUUAUUUAUAAUGAAUAUGUACUAUAAUAUUGAGAUUAACAACUUUCGUAAUGCAUGAAUAAUAGUAUUCCUUAACAAAUGUAGUAAAUUCUGUAUAUGGCAGUAUUUACUCUGAAUAGUACAUGAUAUACAGAGUAUAUUAAGUUUGUAGCUUUGUUUUGAACCCCAGAAGAAUAUUUUUAUUUCAGUUUUUGGCCACAAUUUCUAAGUUCAUUGCUUAUUUUUAGCUUAAUCUUUUUUUUUUUUUUCUUUCCCAUGCCUUCGAUUUCUGAAAGCUAAAUAAAGCUUGUGAAAUAUUUUAUGCUGUUAUUCUGUCACUGUCAUAUUUAAGUUUCCUGUUUUAUAAUGCCAAAUUUUUGUUUCUGUGUCUGAACUAAGAAACAUAUCAAGUUAUUGUUUGAAAAAUGAUUAGCAUUUGUUUUUAGAAUUAUUACAUAUAUAUAAUUAUUAUUAUUAUUGAGUAAUAAAGUUCUCUAGUCAUGUUCUGUUGCAUGUAAAUAUUUGCAUUGUCAUCUGAUAAAAUGUUUAUAAAUAUAUGUAUAAAAAAGAUAUGUUUAUGAAUUUUUUUAAAUAGUAUUGUAGCAAAUAGUUUUUGCUUCAUGGUGUUGUUGAAUUGUGGACCAAAAAUAUCUUGUCUAGGAAAUCAUGGAGCAAAUUUUGUUAAAGUUUGCAUUACACCGAAAUAUCUCAAAACUAGACAUAUAUAUAUUUAUUUUUCUCACAGUUUUGAAUAUAAAGUAUGAUUAAUAUAUUAAUUUUUCAGCUUAUCUUAUUAUUUUGACUUAAUUGUAUACUUCAUGGGUAUCACUUGAUAAAAUUUCAGAAAAUAAUUGAAUUCAAAAAUCUAAUUCUGAAAAAAAAAAAUAUGAUUUUAAAUAGUUGUAAGAUAUGUUUUAAAAAUAAAAAAUGUAAUUAAAAGAGAAAAUAUUCAGCAUAAUAUAUGCUAAAUGCUCAUAAUCCUUAAAACUAGGCUAAUAAUUAUUUAACUCAUAUUCCUUAGUUUAGGUAUCAUUUCAAAGAAUGUUGUAAAAUUUUUGUUCAAUAUUUCUUCCAUGAAUGGUUUUAAGGUGAGGGUGCCUUGAAUGAUUUGUACAAAGAAAGGUAUUAGACUGUGUAUUUGUGAUCCAACUGAAAUAAUAGUAACAUAGGAUUAAUGUGAAUUAUAAAUUAUUAGCCAACUGGUUCCAUUAUUUUCCAUUUGUGAUUGAAAGAACAGAGUGAGAUUGAUAUGUCUGAGAUUCCUAGAACCUUAGGUAGUGGUAUUGUUUUAAGAAUGUUAAACUUCAUAAUUUAUAAGAAAUCUGGUGGGAAGUACUACUCAAACAUUUGCAACAUAACUAAAAUAUCAGACUUAUAGAUUUGUGCAUUUGAUUAGAAAUUUCUACAGUCACUAUGCCAUUCAAAAUUAGUGUUGGACUGUAGAAGGUAUAUACAAGUCUAAUUUUCCAUUUUUCAAGAAUGAAAUUUAAAAUUUCUUCAUUUGAUAAACUUGGGCAAUCUGAUGCGUCUUCAGAAUUCAAUGCGGUGUUCAUUAAUUAGUUUGAGAAACCUUAAAGUGCUUUCAUUUGAAAUUGCAUUUAAAUUUGUUGGCAGUAAAUCGUUGCCUUCUUAAUUCUAAGGAAUAUUGCAUGUUGUAAUCAAUUUAUAUAAGUUGGCAUGCUGUUCAACUUGCUAAAAAUCUUUUAAUAAAUGUUAAGACAACAUUGUUUUUGAGAUUUUUAUAACAACACAGAAACUUAAUAAAACAGCUACGUGUAUGCUUUUUCACAAAGAAGGCCAAAUAUAGUUGUUGUUUUAAGAUUGCAAGUCAGUCCUUGUGUUGUUAAGUGUAAAGAUCAGUUUGCUUAUAGAGGUCAUUUUUCAUUCUUUUGAAAAAAAUAUUUUGCUUUUAGUUUGUAUUUUUGUGUGUUAAAAAGUUUUGAUAAAUCAAAACAAAUUGGCUGAGGUUUUGCUUUGAGAUAUUCAGUUUUUUUAUUUCUGUAUUUCUUUAAAAUGCAGUUAAAUAUUUGUAUUUUAUUAUCUCGGGCUGUUUUGAAAUAUUGGCAUUAUUAAAAUGAUGACCUUUCAUCCAUGAAAGUGUAAUUCAUAUGUGCUUGACACAACUGAGAAAAUAACUGUACAUAAAGAAUACUUGAUGGCUGUAAUAAUUUAUUUAUUUUGAUUGAUGUAUAUCUGGUCAGCAAAACAAUACAGAGUUUUGCAGACAUGUCUGACUGAACAUUAUUUGCUGCAUUUCUUAUGGAAUUAUGAAAUUUUGAAGCAAGUAAAAAAAAACUGUGUCUCACUUGCUGUGCUUUAUAAAAUCCACUAUUGAGCAUUUGAAAAACCUUUUAAAAUGUUUUCCCUUUAAAUAUUGUCCCUUAGAUUUAAUAAAAUGUAACCUGUCCAACUUU